GAGCCGAAUCCAGGCUGUUCAUUUUAGGGCUCAGACCAUCCUCGGUGAUUUAAUACGAGCAGUCGAAUGUAAAUGUGUAUUGUACCGUUAGUUAUGCUCAGCAUUAAUUAUGUUUUGAUUAGCAUCACUCUAGUCAAAAGAGAAGUUCUGGAAUAUUUAGUUUGUUUCUUUAAUUUUUUUCCACCGGCUUUCCCACCUCCUUUAAUACCUGGGACGCCUGAGUGAAGGGACCGCUUCCGGGACGCGACAGUCCGCUGAGCUGGCUCAUUUUAAAAAGCGGAGAUCGCGAUCGCCACCUUGAAAUUUGCAGUUUCCAACUGACGAAAGUAGCGGGAGGUUACGCAGCGAUUGUAUGCUGAAGUGAAGAAUCGUUAGGGGGACGAAGAAGACCGUCUGUUUGCCUGGCCGGCAUAAUGAAGGUAUAUUAGGUUUUCUCUCUUCAGUGCAUCCAAAAUAAAAUGGAAAGUUGUGUGAGCAUUCAAGAGCCUUGUGUCAAAGAUUCUUCAAGAGAUGGCAAAGAUUAUUUAAAACGGAGCCAAAUGAAUAACCUCAAAAGUGUACAACAUGACCUUGAAGAAACCUCUCGUCACGUUAUGGACAAGUUCAGUGUGAAUGGCUCUCUGCAUAUGAAAGUGGAAUCCACAGAUAUGGCAUUAGUCCACAUCAAACAAGAGUGCACGGACUUCAAUUCUGAGCAGAUUAAAGAAGAAAUGUGUGAAGUAGAGAUUUCUUCUGGUAUCAAAAUGAACUUCAAAGAGAGCAGUGCUGCUGAAACAUGCAUAAAAAAGGAGCAGACAAAUGCAUCUUGGGAAAGUCCGACAGCUACAACAGCCCAUGUUCAACCAGGUAAGGGCUUGCCACACCACAUCAAGUGCCCUGAUUGUGGAGAAAUAUUCAGGUAUAAGUGUCAGUUUAAAGUUCAUGAGAGGAUUCACAAUGGAGAAAAACCAUUCACGUGCACCGAAUGUGGCAGGAGCUUCAAUGUGUUCUCGAACCUCAAGAGACACAAAAGAAUCCACAGUGGGGAAAAACCGUAUAGCUGUGAUAAGUGCAGCAAAACGUUCAGUCUAAUACAGUAUCUUCAGUCGCACCAGAGGAGCCACACCGAUGACAAGCCGUAUAUCUGUCACGAAUGUGGCAGAAGAUUCCGACUGCUUCAACCCCUUAAAGUUCACCAGCGCGUUCACACUGGAGAGAAGCCAUUUAGUUGCAAUCAGUGUUGGAAGAGCUACACUCAGCGGCAGAGUCUCAUAUCUCACCUAAGAAGUCACAGUGGUGAGAAGCCAUUCAGUUGCUGUGAAUGUGACAAGAGCUUCAGUUUGCUGCAGAAGCUCAAAGCUCACCAGAGGAUUCACACCGGAGAGAAACCAUACAAAUGUAACGACUGUGACAAGAGCUUCAGUCAACGGAAAUAUUACAAAAAGCACAUUGUAAUACACGCCGGAGAGAAGCCCUAUAGUAAUAAUGAAUACGAGAAGACUGUCGGAUGGGUGGAGAGUGUAAGUGCAUUCCAGACGACUCCUCCCACUAUUGAGAAACCGUACACCUGCACCCAAUGUGGCAGAAAUUUCCGUCGACUGGCAAUGUUAACGAAACACCAAAUAAUUCACACCGAGGAGAACUCCCAUAUCUGUCCAGAUUGUGGGAAGAGCUUUGAUCGUUCCUGCCAACUAAAAUUACACCAAAGAAUCCAUACUGGCGAGAAACCUUACAACUGUACUGACUGUGGACGGAGCUUCCGCCUGUUAACGACCUUCAGGAAACAUCAGCGAACUCACACCGGAGAGAAACCGUACAGCUGCCCCGAAUGCGGGAAAAGCUUCAGCGAGUCAGGGACGCUUAAGAAACAUCAGAGGAUUCACACAGGGGAGAAGCCAUACUGUUGUAAUGACUGCGGGAAGAGCUUCAGUCGGAUAGGAAACCUGAGCACACACCAGAGGUUUCACUCCGGGGAGAAGCCGUACAAAUGCUCGGAGUGUGGGAAGAGCUUUAGAGAAUCGGGAACGCUCAAAAGACAUAAGACCGUUCACACUGGAGAGAAACCGUUUAGCUGUGAGGAAUGUGGGAAGAACUUCAGUCUGUUACAGAACCUUAAGGCACACCAGAGAACUCACUCGAGAGAGAAGCUGCGCAGUCGGGAUUACUUCAGCGCCCCCCCAGAGGGGCGCACCCCACAGUUUGACAACCGCUGGUAUAUCACAUCAUGUUUGGCGUUCACUGGUGACAUGGAGAAUUUGCACAAACCCAUUCUCAACAAGAUGGAUGCAGUUCAACUGGUGCAAGAGGGCAUGGUGCAAGGGCCAGGGCCUGUCUUAGACAAAUUUGGUAUUGACCAAUUUGUUCAUAUAAAGACUGAGAGCCCUUCUGAUGGAACCAUUCACAUCAAGGAAGACCUCCAUGAUAUGAAUUCUGAACAUGUUAAGAAUGAGUUCUGUGAGUCAGACAUUUCCAUUGAUCAUAAAUCAAAUGUAGAAGAGUGUAUCUCUAGACAUGCAAGUAUAAAAAUGGAGAAGCAAGAGGAGGAACCUCCAAAUGGUCAACAGGAAAACUUUUACCACAAUACACCAGCAGACACCAUGCAGAAUAAUGGUUCUCAAACGUGGAUCAAAUGUACUGAGUGUGAAGAAACAUUCAGAUAUAUGUGCCAGUUUACAGUUCACCAGCGGAAACACAAAGGAGAGAAACCUCACAUAUGUGUUGAAUGUGGCAAAAACUUCAAUAAGUUCUACUGUCUUAAAAUCCACAGAAGAAUCCACACUGGAGAGAAACCAUACAACUGCACCGAAUGUGGCAAGAGCUUCACUUUGUUAACAACCCUUAAAAGACACCAGAGAAUUCACACCGGGGAGAAGCCGUAUAUUUGCUUUGUUUGUGGGAUGAGCUUCAUUCGGCUGCAGCCUCUUAAAAAACAUCAGACGAUUCAUACUGGAGAGAAGCCAUACUGCUGUAGUGAAUGUGGGAAGAGUUUUAGCGAAUCUGGAACCUUAAAAGUGCACCAGAGAAUUCACACUGGCGAGAAGCCCUACAUCUGCACUGAAUGUGGGAAGAGCUUCACCCGCUCAACUCCAUUGAAGACCCACCAGCGGACUCACACUGGAGAGAAACCGUACAGCUGCAGUGAGUGCGGCUGGUGUUUCAGUGUGUUAUCAAAUCUGAAGAAACACCAGAGGAUUCACACGGGGGAGAAGCCGUACACUUGUACGGAAUGCACUAAGAGCUUCGCUCACUUACAGAGCUUCCGUGCUCAUUUGAAAAUUCACACCGGAGAGAAGCCCUUCAGCUGUUCAGAAUGUGGAAAGAGCUUCAGACGGUUAACUCUGCUAGAAGCCCACCAGCGAGUCCAUACAGGUGAGAAGCCUUUCAGCUGUCCCGAAUGUGAGAAGAGCUUCACCGCGUUGUCAAACCUGAAUAAGCACAGGAAGACUCACUCGGAAGAAAAGCGACAUUGCUGCACUGACUGUGGGAAGAGCUACAGCGUGCUGUCAGAUCUCAAAAAACACCAGAAGAUUCAUGUGGCUGACAAUUCGUUCAGCUGCAGUGAAUGCUGGAAGAGCUUUACUCAGCGGAAGCAGCUGAAAAUACAUCAAGAAAUGCACCAUGGCAAUCAUCAUGUAGUCGUGAUCACCUGAAUUGCCUGAUUUAACCUCGCAGUGAAGUUGUACCCUUUGUGAAAGUCUCAUGUUUUUUCCACAUAUUUAUUUGCUAAACAGAUGUAAAAUAGUAUAGCAGCUGAAAUAAGUUAUUUUUUAAAAUUUGCACACAUUUGUGAAAUUAUACUUUAGAUGAAUAUAUAGAGAUCUAUGAUUAGUAUCUAAACCAUCGAGUUUCUUCAUGAGUGUAGACAUCAGUAGAUUAAACACGGCUUUAUAUGUUUGCUUUCCUUUAUGUGCGAGGAUGUACUGCAGGGACAAGUGUGGCAAGUAACACAGCAGAGCAGAACUGAUGUAUCCACAGAAGACUCUGAUCAACUGAUUGAAAAUGAGCCUGCACUAAACCUGAAAAACCACCAGGAUCACAUGGAGGGGAAAAGGUGCAGAACUAUAUAGCAUGGAGCAAGAGCUAAGCUAAUUUACACCUUCUGGUCCACUUCCUGGACCUGUUCGAAGCUGAAAAGACACAAACAUAUUGGAAAAGGAAGUAAAACCACAUGGAUCAAGGGGUAAUGUUGGUUAUAAAAUGAUUAGCUUAGUGGGUAAAAGGCAAUGACUCGGAUCAGAGAAACGGGUAAAGACUGUGGAUCAAAAGGGAGCAAAGAAGAACAUUGGAAGAGGAAGUGAAUCCACACGGAUUGGUGGAAAGCCUGGCCAAAAAAAAAAAAUGAAAUCAAACUAAAGUAAGGAUCAGUUUGAUGAAUGCAUGAAAAGCUCUGGAUCAAAGAAGAACUUUUGUGGCCUAGCAGCUCCACAUAAGCCUGCGAUCAUCAUUCACAAUGCCAAGUGUCAGUUUGAGUGGUGUAAAGUACACCGCCAUUGGACUCUGGAGCAUUGGAAACAUGUUCUUUGGAGUAAUCUGGAAGUCUGAUGGAUGACGAGAACACCACCUUCCAGACAGGCAUAGUGCAGAGGCACUCUGGUGUGGACAUAAAUCACAUGCAUCAGAUCGGACAUUUACAGGUUAAAAUAAAUGUAUGUGAGUCAGGUGGGCAUAAGAGUGGAUACAAUUAAACCACACGGAGCAAAUAAUCGCUUUGUUUAAUAAUAUUGCGGAUAUUCAAGAAGUUAAAGUAAUAGCUAGUAGGUCAACAUUGAGCCAUGAAGGAUUUGAGAAUUUUAUUUCAAUGCCCAUUUACAGAGCAAGUGUCCAAGGCUCUGUACAGUAUAAAAGCACAUGACACGCAAAACCAAUUAAAAGUCAACUUUAAGCAGAAUAAGAUAUAUAAAAAUAUCUAAAAACUUGUUCUAGUGAAAAUGUUUUAAUUUGAACAUCACGAAACAAUGCAGCUGUCUUAAGCUGAUCGAGAGUGAAUUCUACCAGUUUAGGAGCAUAACGCCUGAAGGCUGAAUACAUGUCAUUUUGAACGACAAUAAGAUGGGCAUCUCGGGAGUGAAAGCUCAGUUUGCUACCUACAGUCAUGUGAAAUAACAAGUACACCUCAUGAAAUUUUUUUUUCCCUUGUUUAACAUAUGUGGACUUCAUUUAUGCAGUGUCAUUAUGUAAAGGUGAUUUACCAAUGAAAAAUCAACAUAAAAUGAAAAGUUAUGCGAUUUCAAUCAGUGGAAAAAUAAAGCCCAUCCUUGUUUCUAAUAGCUGG